AGCCGCCGGGAGCCAAGAGGAGGAGCUGCCCCCGAGGUGGCCCCGGGAGAGGGGGAGUGGGGGGCGGCCAGCCCGAGCCAGGCCCGGAGCCCACGGUUCCGACGGGACCCAGCGGAUCGUCCCUGGCGGGCACAGCAACAGCCUCGCCGCUCAGGAGCCCUGGCAGCAGCAGCAGCAGCAGCAGCAGCAGCAGGGGGUCAGUGGGCGAUGCCCCGGGCAGGGGACGGCCCCAGCUGGAAGAAGCAAGCGGAGGACAUUCGGGACAUCUAUGACUUCCGGGAUGUUUUGGGCACCGGGGCGUUCUCCGAGGUGAUGCUGGCCGAGGAGAAGACCACGCAGAAGCUGGUGGCCAUCAAGUGCAUCGCCAAGAAGGCCCUGGAGGGGAAGGAGAGCAGCAUUGAGAAUGAGAUUGCAGUGCUGCACAAGAUUAAACAUCCCAACAUCGUGGCUCUGGAUGAUAUUUAUGAGAGUGGCGGUCACCUCUACCUCAUCAUGCAGCUGGUCUCGGGGGGAGAGCUAUUUGACCGCAUCGUUGAGAAAGGUUUCUACACGGAGCGCGACGCCAGCCGCCUCAUCCGCCAGGUACUGGAUGCUGUCAAAUACCUCCAUGACAUGGGCAUUGUGCACCGGGACCUCAAGCCAGAGAACUUGUUGUACUACAGCCUGGAGGAGGACUCCAAGAUAAUGAUCAGUGACUUUGGGCUGUCCAAGAUGGAAAGCUCAGGGAGCGUCCUGUCGACCGCUUGCGGCACGCCGGGAUAUGUGGCCCCGGAGGUGCUUGCUCAGAAGCCUUAUAGUAAGGCUGUGGAUUGCUGGUCCAUUGGAGUCAUCGCCUACAUCCUGCUUUGUGGUUAUCCCCCUUUCUACGAUGAGAAUGAUGCCAAGCUCUUUGAGCAGAUCCUCAAGGCUGAGUAUGAGUUUGACUCUCCAUACUGGGACGCCAUCUCUGACUCUGCCAAAGACUUUAUCCAGCACCUGAUGGAGAAGGACCCGGGAAAGAGGUUCACUUGUGAGCAAGCCCUGCAGCACCCAUGGAUUGCCGGGGACACGGCCCUGGACAAGAACAUCCACCAAUCUGUCAGCGAGCAGAUCAAGAAGAACUUUGCCAAGAGCAAGUGGAAGCAAGCCUUCAAUGCCACUGCUGUGGUAAGGCACAUGAGGAAGCUGCAACUUGGGACCAGUCAGGAGGGGCCCGGACAGACCACUCCAACCAGCCCAUGCCCUGGACAACUGCUGAUGCCCAUGGCGGGCAGCGGUUCCCCAACCGGCUGCUGCCGGGGCUGCUGCGCAGAGACCUCUCCAGCACCUCCCACCCCAACCCCUCCCCGAUUUUAGGGUUGCUUGAUGGCAGCCACUUCCUCAGCCCUGGAGACGUGUGGGGGUGUCCAGGGCCUAGGUGUGAGGCUGAGGGAGAAGGGUUGUGUGAGGUGGGGGGGGCCUGCUGCAGGGCCUGGCCCUGACGUAGACAUCUCGCACUCUCAGCUGACCGUGGGUCACUUCUAGCAGUUGGCCUGGAGACAGAGGGUGAGAGGUGGGACCCAGUUGACUAAACCCUUCUACCCUCCCCUUGCCCUCCUUCCCCAGCUUUAAGGCAACCCUCUCCCCUUCCUUUCACAGAGCAGAAGCCAGGGCUGGGGUCUCUCUCCUUUUUCCCUGCUUUGGCCUCGCUUGAGAGCAGGUGUUACCCUGGGUGGACGAGAAUCGGGGUGCAGAUGGUAGCUGCUGUAAAGUCUAGAUGAGGCUGGACAGUCACCCUUCUGCCUGGCUGCUUCUCCUCACCCCCAGCCAGAGCCUCUUGGAGGGUGCAGAGGGCAGGUGUGUCUAAGGCAGAAUGAGUCUCUCUACCCUCCCCACCCCCCAAUCCUAGAGCAAAGGCUGCCCUCUGCCUGAGCCUUGCCCUGAGCCAGUAGUGAAUGAGAUCUGCUUCCAGCACUGUAGACCCCGCUUCCCUCCCCCCUCCCCCCCAGCUCCCCGGGCUCAUGGCCUUACACUGCAAGGAUGCUGGCAAGGUCAGAUCCUGCCACUGCUCCCCUCCCCUUCCAACACACACUCACACUUUCCAUAAAAAAUGUUUCUAUAUUAUUGUUGAAUUAAAGGGAAGAGGUUAAAAACCA